AUGGAAGACGAAAUUGAAGAGCUCAAAAGCUAUUAUUUUCAAUAUAAAAACUCGAUUUCCAUUGAGUUCUUAUUCUUAUUCACACAUUAUGCCACAAUUACCGUCAUAAAUCUCAAGACCCAAUACAGAUCCAUAUCUGGAACACUCAGUGAUCCACGUAAAUUCCAAUUACUAUUGGAAUUUAGUUGCAUUCAAUACCUUGCCUACGCUAAUCGUCAACAACCUGAACGAGCGAGCAAAUCUGUGGUAGCGUCUAGUCAUUUAUUGUCCAAUCAAAAUUUUCUACGUGAUGAAUCUGGAAUGGUGGUAGCUGCUCUUGAUCUAUUUGAUGAUCUCGAAGCACAAGAUGUGAAUGAGAGAUUAGGAAAUAUCCAACAUGUCCUUGAAGGCUUUGUUCAUUUGUCUACACGCUGUGAACUUGUACGCUGUAUUGCCAGAAACGACCCUCUUAAUUUUACAGAAGCCAUCGAUCAUCUAUUACAAAGCGCCCACUGUCUUAGUACACGCUACUCCAUACAACUAAGUGAGAUGAUUUACACCAUGGUAGAAGAGAAGCCGAGAUAUGCUGCCACAGUACGAUUCAAAUUGGUUGAAAUGCAACUUUUACCGGAUCUUGUUACACGCCUUACUGUAUACUGUGAAGAUGAACAUCUUGUCUCGGAUGCCCUCGUGGUUUAUCGCGCAGUCAGUAAACAGCAGACAUCAUUUUGCAACCAUCAAAAGCCGGGUGUUCGCCAAGAUUCAAAGAUUAUCAAGGGAGAUGUGCAGGUAAAUCAGGUUGAACUGGCAAUGGCAAUCCGAGUGGUUGCCGGAUUGGUUGGAUUUUUUGGACUUCAGUUGAGUGAGGCCGAGGUAGAUAUGUGCUUUUAUCUACUGCGAGUCACUGAAAUGGAAAGGCUAGUCAAGCUUCUCCUCAGUCUUAUUCUUAUUUCCUCAGUCGCAAUCCUCAAGAGACAGAGAGACCUUGUCGCAGUAUUAACUCAGCUGCUUCAGUCAGGCGUGUCUGAGAUGCCGAUGCUUUUGAUGGUGUACUUUAAGACAGAUCAAAUCAGUCAAGUGGAAGACAUGAUUCGAUCUAUCUUGGAAAUGCAAGUUCCUAUCCCCAAGCUGGGGUUGUUUGAGAUGCAAAAGCUUUGUGGCCAUAUCUACAACACUGCAUUUUCAGCUAUUGCACAUGCUUAG